AUUUUCUCUCCGAGGAAACCCACGAGCUGCAGCGAGCGGACGUGAGGCUGCGGGCGGCGAUUGAAGACGUGGAUCACGCGAUCGACCAGAUGGAGAAACAGGCUUUGGAACUAGCCGAAGAGGGCUACGAGGCGGUCGAAGACCCGAACUCGCCCUCCUACGGCGUUGCGAGACUGAACCGCGGCAUUGACCCGGUAUCGCAGAGGCAGUUGCUAGAGAAUUUGAUGAUCCGCCGCGACGCGCUGAUGAAACAGAAACGGGAAUUGCAGGAGGAAAGGGUCAACAUCCGCUCGUUAAUCGCUCACGAUUUCGAAGUCCUGUCCGGUGCGAUGCAGGCCGCGAAGAAAGCGAGCCACGCCCCGGGGGACCACUCGUUCCACAUGCAGGGGAGUAACGAGUCAGCUUUUUUGUCCACCAGUGUGAACCGAGCAGGGGGAUUGAGUCCUCUGGAAGCGCAGCUCGCACGGAUGAUUCCAGAUGCGCAGGGGUUGUAUGCAUUGCAAAAGCAUCGUACUUGUGCUUGUCGUGUUGCAAUACAAAUUAGCUCAGCAACAUGACGAAAUGGAAUUUGUCAUGCGGAUUCCGCUAAAAAAAGGAGAUUUGCAAUGCAUGAAUGCAAUUGCUACGAGUGCGAUACUUUUGCACAGGAUAGGUUGCACGGACAAGCAAGGACGGUGCAGGAGAAGCACGCGUUUAACUUAUCCUGAGCAAAACGGCCCCACCCCAUAGUAAGUUGUAAUGCAACUCUGCAUGCUGAAAAUGUUUCUCAUGCGGGGCCCCAUGAGAAGCAUUUUCUAGCAGUGUUUCGGAAUUUGUCAUGCUCAAAUACGCAUGAUGCGCUUAGGUUUGUGAUGCUGCUGAACAAGCUAAACAGGAUUACACUACGAGGCCAAACUUGUCAUGCGCAGCAACCAAAGCUUGUUGAUUUGUCUAGCAGAUAUGGGCUGGGGACGUUUUUACAUAGGAUAUAACCGGGCGAAGAUUGACUACUACAAAGGCCAGUUACGGGGGGAUGAUUUGUUACACCAGCAAUUAUCCUCCGGCAUCAACCUGGUUGACUUCUUGGAACAACCGGACCCAGUCGAAAUUGAAGAAGCGGAGGCUUUGGAGAAGGAAGCGGAAUUGAAGAAGCGAGCAGAAUCGCUGCAAGCGGUUGUGUAUCAAAUGCAAAUAUGUCGGGGUCUUGCAGAUUUGAAGACUUUGCCAUGCAAAUUGUACAGCAUGGCCUCGUCCGAAGAUGCCUGUGAUGCAUUCUCUAGCAUCACAGCUUUCGCAAAGGUUUGCUCAUGUUGCCUACUUCUGCAUGAGAAAUGCCCUCUUUGAGUGGCACCAAUCUGAGCGCCUUUUGCCUCUCAUGCAAUACAGACUUUUGUGUGAUCGACAUGCUAGCAUCACAAAUCCCAUUCUUUCCGGACAAAUUUGCAAUGCAUACUGUGAAGGAGAAAAACGAGCUGAUCAAGCGGAUGAUGGAACGGACCGAGGUAUCCUGUGUAAAAACGUCCCCACCCCAGAGUUGUCAUGCAAAUGUGCAAUGACAGGAACAUUUGUAAUGCGGAUCUGCAUGAGAGGCAUUUCCAAUUGUGUUUUGGACUUUGUAAUGCUGUAAACGGGAUGACUGGCUUUCUCAUGCGGCUACCCUUGCUAAACAGCACGACGCUACAGAUGUAAACUUGUCAUGCAAAAAUCCCAAAACUUGGAGAUUUGUGUUGCAGAUUUACCAACUGGACUCUGGUGUGGGGACGUUUUUACUCAGGAUACGAGGAAGCGGGACUCGGCGGCCAGGAGAAAGGCCCGGACGGAAAAGCUGUGUCCGGGUCGAUUUCAAGAAGAGGCGGCCUCGUGUCGCAAAUAUGCAUUGCAAAAUUGUCUGGGCCUGGAAGAUGAAUGCAGGACUUGUCAUGCUUGUCUGGCAUGCCAUGCAAAAACGCAGUUUGCCAUGCGGAAAGCGAAACACAUGACAGUACAAAAACUUGUCAUGCUUGGCUGCAUAUCGUAGUGCGCCCACCUCCAUUCACAGAUUUGCAUCACAAGUUUCCAGACCCAGACAUGUUUGCAUUUGAUAGCAGAAAACGUUACACGACAUCGCGGAUCACUCGGUCGAGCGGAUGAUUCAGGAGUAUUACCAUGAAAAAUGCCCACACCCCCGAACUUAGGACCAUUUGUAUUGCAAACCUUUGCAAAUGAAGCAUUCGCCCUCUUGCAUCUAUCAGCAUCACAGGUUUCCAAUCCUGAAUAGAAAAAAUUUGUAUUGCGCAAGAUCCCAGCAAGAGCGGCGCUUGUCAUGCAACCAAUGCGAUAUACGCCUAGACUCUGCAUCAGAAAGAUUCAUAGUCCUUUCAUGCAUGACAAAAAGUUUUCAUUUGGAAACUUUGCAUCACAAAUUAUUGCAACUUUUGGGGUGGGGGCAUUUUUCAUUGUAAUAAGGAGUCCUGGAAGCACAGGGUCGAUCAGGACACGGAUCGGGAAUUUAAAGAUUUGAAAGAACAUAUCAUAAGGAAAAACGUCCCCACCCCAGAGUUGUCAUGCAGAUUUGCAUUGACGAGGACAUUUGUGAUGCGCAUACCCAUGGUAGCCAUUUCCAAUUGUGUUUUGAAAUUUGUGAUGCUGUGAACAGGAUAAGCACAUGGAUCUGUGAUGCGGCUGCACUUGCUAACCUGCACUACACUAUGGAAUGCAACUUGUCAUGCGUGACGUCCAAAGCUCUUGGGUUUGUGUUGCAAAAUCCCCAUCUUGACUCUGGUGUGGGGACGUUUUUACUCAGCACAGAACAGUUGAACCAAGUGAAGGAACAGCACAAGGAAGAGAGGUUCCGAACCAUGUUGCAGGACUUGCAGGAUUUGCGGUCGGAUCCCUCGCUGCAAGUCUACUACGACGCCUAUGGCCUUCUCAACUGUUACAUUCCCAGCUCGCUGUUACGUGAAUUUGUGAUGCAAGAAUGGCAAUAGUGAAAGGGGUGCCCACCUUGCGCGUCUUGCAUGACAAAUUUGCCACAGAUUCCAAGCCUGUUUGGCUCUUCGAGAAUUUGUCAUGCGAAGCAGCUUGAUCGUGUCGAUUCUGAUUGUAAAUUUGCAUGACAAGAAAUCGCGCAACAGUUGAGAGUGUAACGCUUGAGAACGCCAUAACGCCCCGACGGUUUCUUUGGACACGGCGAUGGAGCUAUGACCUUGCACAACUCCCCCUCCCCCUCAUUUGUCAUGCAAAACCCCAUACCCAAGUGCUUCCCUGUGGCACUGCUUGCAUGACAGAUUCCGCCGGAAGCCCAAACAGUACACUAGGCGCAUGAAUUUGUCAUGCACAGGCUCCACGUGUGCUGGUGUUUGUAUUGCUGUUCAUGCAAUAGCAAUAGGGGGGGAGUUGUGGACUGUCAUAGAAGCGAUCUGGGUUAGCGGGCUCGUCCACUCUGUUGGAGAAUGUCGGGACGGAAGUUUUGAGGAAGGGCUACCUCCAAGCGGAUUACCUGAAUGAAGACACGAUCAAGGGAAACAUCCGGACCAUUCUAUCCGAGGGCGUCUACUCGGCUUUGGGAGUGCACCGGGAACCCGACGGAGAAAUGGUCGCGGACGCGGUGACCCGGGCGAAAACCCAUUCCCCCUUGAUGUCACCGCAGGGAACGGUUAUACGGGACCGGAUCAUCUAUGUUCCCGUGGAUGCGCAGGGGCGAGCGGUGGGAGAUGGCAGUCUAGACCCGAAAAAGUUCGGCGUGCGGAAUUUCGGCGCCGGGAACAUUGUAUGCACUGCAAAAGUAUCGUACUCGUAUAAGUGCAUUAGAAAUUUCCUCAGCAUGAGCAAUAAAAUUUGUAAUGCAGAUUUAGCUUAAGAACAAGAUUUGUAAUGCUGGAUUGCAAUUACUACGAGUGCGAUACUUUUGCACAGGAUACAUUGCGACGACGGAGGGAAUGACACCGUUGUUGGACAACGACGGGCGACCGUAUGAACUGCAAAAGCAUCGCACUCGUACUAAUUGCAAGAAUGCAUGACAAAUCUGCUUCCUAAAGUGAAACAGCAUCACAAAUUCCAUUUCUAAUGCUGAGGGAAUUUGUGAUGCUAUUCAUACUAGUACGUUGCUUUUGCAGUUCAUAGACCGCUACACGACACAAAUUUACCCGACGGGUACCAGACGUUUUUUGCGCAGGGCGUGGUGCAACAGGAGGCGGGGGAUUUCAACGCACUGGAUCCAAACUUGGAUAUGACGCAACCUGGUACAAAUUUUAUAUAUUGCUGCUGCAACAGUACCAACACAACAUGAGUAUGUUAGUCAGUGUGCGUCUAAUGUCUGUGGUCUUGUGUGCAAGAUAAAAUAUAAAAUUAUUGAGCUCCUCACCGCAAGAAAAGCAAAAUUUUUGGAACCUGCAAAUCAAACCAAAACCUUCAGCGUCGAUCCAGUCGACGCAGCGGCCGUCGCAGGGUUUCCAAAACCAGCUCGCGAACAUCAAGUCCAACGCGCCUGCGAGUCAAACCAUGAUGAGCCACGAGGUUCCGCAUAACCCGGGUUCCCACGGCAGCAUCGGCAACAGCGUCGCAGAACAGGCUCCUGCUGCGCCGGGAUUUGGCUCCGGAGGCGGAGGAGGUGCGCCUGGUUUUGGGUCCGGCGGGGGUGGAGGUGGUGCUCCAGCGAAUAAUAAACCCGUGGGGCCUCCAGCCGGGAGUGGAUUGAACCGGGCGGGCAGUGGUGGUUUCGCGGACGUGGUCAGGCAGAGUCAGCAGCGACAGAGCAGCAUCAACCAACCGUCGAGCUUCGGGAGCGCGUUGGGGUCCAAUAUUCGACCGGCGUCGGGGUCAAAAGCAGGUGGGGGUGGUGGAAAGAAGGCGAACAACUCCUCCAGUAGCAGUA